AAACAUGGGAGUUUGAAUAUUUAUUUUGGAAAAAAUUUGGUUUCUUCUCAAGAAAUAACGACCCUUAUCCUACACCCUACCUGCAAUUUAUCUUCCAACUUGGCACCACCUCUUUGAAUAGCGUGCCCACGUUACCAAAUUCAAUACUCCUAUUUUAUACUCUUCCGUAUUCAUAUCAUCAUAUAUCUAUAUAUUACAUCACUUUUGAUUCAAUUCUACCGCUUCCCACAUCUUCUUUUGUCGUUGCUUAUUGCAUACGUUCGCAAUCCACAGAUACGUGCCACUUCGGAAGAAAAUACGAGUUUUUUUCCCCCACUCCACUUCUUGAAAUAAGCAAUAUUUUAGUUUGGAUUACUGAAUAAUCUAAUGGAGUCCAUAGCUGAACGGCGGCUGAGAUUGAUUCAGACCCAUCUGAUUCCCGACGCCGAUCAUUCGUCGUUUUCGAUUUCCGCCAACCCCACCGCCGGUGAAUUCUUCCAAGACCAGAAGUAUAGUGUAGUUCUUCCUGAGAGACUGCAAACGGGGAAAUGGAAUGUGUACAGAUCCGCCCGUUCUCCAUUGAAGCUUGUUGAUAGAUUCCCUGAUCAUCCAGAUAUUGGCACAUUGCAUGAUAUUUUUGUACACUCAGUUGAAAGUUUCCAAGACUACAAAUAUUUGGGUACACGUAUACGGAUAGAUGGGACUGUUGGAGAUUACAAAUGGAUGACAUAUGGAGAGGCAGGUACUGCUCGAUCAGCAAUCGGUUCAGGACUUCACCAUCAUGGAUUACAACCAGGAGCUUGUGUUGGACUUUAUUUUAUCAAUAGGCCAGAAUGGAUGAUUGUGGAUCACGCCUGUUCAGCAUUUUCGUACAUAUCAGUUCCUUUAUAUGACACCCUUGGUCCUGAUGCUGUUAAGUAUAUCGUGAAUCAUGCUGAUAUACAGGCCAUUUUCUGUGUGCCGAGUACCUUAAACACUCUACUGAGCUUCCUGUCUGAGAUUCCUUCCGUACGUGUAAUAGUGGUAGUUGGAGGGGUAGAUGAACAUCUACCAUCUCUACCCUCCGGUUCAGGAGUCAAGCUUGUGUCGUAUACAAGGUUACUUAGUCAGGGUCGCAGUAACAUGCAUCCAUUUUGCCCUCCCAGACCUGAAGAUGUAGCCACUAUAUGCUAUACGAGUGGUACCACUGGGACACCAAAGGGAGUUGUUCUAUCACAUGGAAACUUGAUAUCAAGUGUUGCUGGCAUGACCCUUUCUGUCAAAUUUUAUUCCUCGGAUAUUUACAUAUCCUACCUUCCCUUGGCACACAUCUAUGAACGAGCUAAUCAAAUCAUGUCAGCAUAUUACGGAGUUGCUGUCGGCUUCUACCAGGGGGAUAACUUGAAAUUGAUGGAUGACUUAGCUGCUCUAAGGCCCACUAUAUUUUCCAGCGUUCCUCGUCUAUACAACAGAAUAUAUGCUGGAAUAACCAAUGCUGUUAAGUCUUCCGGGGUGCUGAAAGAGAGGUUAUUUAAUGCAGCUUAUAAUUCCAAGAGACAAGCUGUAAUGAGUGGCCGAAAACCAUCACCUAUGUGGGAUAGGCUUGUGUUCAAUAAGAUAAAGGACAAACUUGGAGGCCGUGUUCGUUACUUGACUUCGGGCGCUUCCCCGCUGUCUCCUGAUGUGAUGGAGUUCUUGAGGGUGUGCUUUGGCUGCCAAGUGAUUGAAGGUUAUGGCAUGACAGAAACUUCCUGUGUCAUCAGCACUAUGGAUGAGGGUGACAACUUAACUGGUCAUGUUGGUUCUCCCAACCCGGCAUGUGAAAUAAAGCUUGUUGAUGUUCCUGAAAUGAGUUAUACCUCGGAAGAUCAACCUCAUCCUCGUGGGGAGAUCUGUGUAAGAGGACAUAUCAUUUUCCAAGGCUACUAUAAAGAUGAAGUUCAAACGAGAGAAGUGAUCGAUGAUGAAGGUUGGCUGCAUACAGGAGACAUUGGGUUAUGGCUACCAGGUGGGCGCCUCAAGAUUAUUGAUAGGAAAAAGAACAUUUUCAAGCUGGCGCAGGGUGAAUAUAUAGCACCUGAGAAAAUUGAGAAUGUGUAUGCAAAGUGUAAAUUUGUUGCACAGUGCUUUGUGUACGGUGAUAGCUUGAACUCCUAUUUAGUUGCCGUGAUCUGUGUGGAUCCUGAUGUGUUGAAGGAUUGGGCAGCAUCAGAAAAUAUCAAGUAUGAAGAUUUAGAACAACUUUGUGCUGAUCCAAGAGCAAAGGCUGCUGUACUUGCUGACAUGGAUGCUGUUGGAAGAGAAGCUCAGUUGAGGGGUUUCGAAUUUGUGAAAGCCAUAACCUUAGUGCUUGAGCCGUUCACCGUGGAGAAUGGCUUGUUGACUCCAACAUUUAAGGUAAAACGGCCUCAAGCAAAAACAUAUUUUGCGCAAGCAAUAGCUCGCAUGUAUACAGAGCUUUCAACGUCUGAUCCAGCCGGGGCUCCACAAAAGAUGUUGUGACGGUCUCACACGAUACAUUCAGUGAAUGGGUGACAAAACUCUCCAUCUAAUAUCCAAUAAUUUGAAACUCAGCAUCCAAUCUUACCUUCUGUAUAAUCUCAAUAUAUGCAAAUUUUCUGUUGUUCAUUCACUCGAUUGUGUACGGCUUUAAUCCAUCAAUUUAGUCGGUUUUAGUUUGUUGGUAUGACUCUUGAUUUGUGAAUGUAUUGUUAUGAUACUUGUUAUGAGAUUAUAUGUCUACACAAACUUGUAUUGAUACAUUAGGAAUUUGAAUAUUUGGAAUUAAUCAGAUAUGGAGCAUCAUAGCUUUAUGAUA